CUCCAGUGAAAGAGGUAUGGCAGCUUCAUCACCGUCGCCUGCUGCUGGCAGUGCAGACUUGCGCCGACCACAGGUGCGUGUACGUAUCGCGUGCGUCUCUCAUUAUGAUCCUCAAGCUUAUUCUUCGUUGGGUCAUUCGCAUUUUCUGCAGCGGUCGAGCGCCGACGAAGAGGACAAGAUGGACACGACGACGGCGCUAACAACGACGAGUGGAGAGACUUGUCCGCUCGGUGUUGAAACGGUCCCUCACAUCAGCAACGACGAGGACCGCAUCAGCGACGACAUGGAAUGCGUGCGGAGCGACUUGCGUCGAUUUUUGUGUCAAUGGAAUGACCAAUUCCUCUACGGGUGCGUUCAGAUGUCGCCGCCAUUAUUCUUCCAUGCGGCUCGUCGGUACCAAGAGGGCACUCGUGUGUGGAUGGUGACGGAUAAGAGGCCACCGGGCGAACAGAAGUGGGUGACGGCCGAGGUGUAUCGCACUGAGGAGACCGAUGGCGGGGUGAGACUUUUCAUGAGGGAGGUGGACGGCCGCCAUGAGAAGUUCGAGGCGCUGGUGCCUUACCAGGCCGAUCUAUCGCUGCAUGACCAGCGGGUACAUAUGGAGACAUCCCUGCAUUCACACAGCCAUUCACUGAAUUAUCCCUUGUGUAUGUGAUGCUUUGUGUGUGUAGGAGCAUGAGAGCUUCAGAUUCGUCUGCAAGGCGCCUGUCAAGAGGCCCCGGCUGCCAUCGUGCUUUCCGUCGUGUAUGUCUGCACCUUUUCCGGCCCCUUCUACUUCCUUGGCAAGCGCGGCGUUGGCUCCAGGGUGACGGCUCCAGGGUACACACAGCACAGCCACACGGAAGACACACAAAAACAAAGUGCCUUCUCCUACCUUCUCUCUUUUGUUGUCAUUUCGGUUCAGGCCGGCUGGCAGCAUCCUCUCUUCAACGUGCCGCAGGAUGUCCAGAGAGAGGUCCUCUUCCCUCUGCUCGGCGAUGACCUGGCCAUCAGCCUCGCUCACCUCCGCCGCACAUGCCGUCUUGGCAAUCAGCGGGUCUCAGCCGACAUCUCAUCGAUCAUCGACCACCAGCUCAUCGACAAGGGCAUCCAGCGCAUCAUCAGCUACGACCUGACAGCUACCAACCUACUGCUGCGGCUGCUAUGCUUUAUCGACAACGGCAGCGACUGGGCGGUUUGGGGGCCUAUCAUUAAUGUGGCCAAGCAUCACGGGCGGGUGAGGGACCUGCCGAUGACCGUGACCAGCAAUGAUGUGGAGGGUGUGGGCAGCCGGAGGCUCUUUGACAGCCGAAUCGAGGCCCUUCGACAGCUGUCCCUCAUCGGUCGGCACCUCUACCAAUCGGACAACAGCAGCCUGAGGGUGGAGCGCAUCGACAAUGAGGAGCGCUUGAGUGGACGGCCCCUCCCUAUCCGCGCAGUGCGGACGUUGGGUGAGGCCAAGGGAAUAAACGGGGGCGCCCACCGGGCGGCUGGAGUGGUCGUGUGUGUGAUUGUGCCCCUGCAUGUGUGUUUUCUGAUAGAUUUCGAGUAUGCUUCGGUCCACGACGCUGUGCUCCACAGGUACAAGAAAGGACGAGUGAAAUACACAGACUCGCACAGAUACACAGCUGUGUGGGUCUGACCAGGACGUGUCACGGAGGUCCAGGAAUGUCGAUGGUCGCCUCCAAGUCAUCACACGAUUUCAGAAAUGUCCGACACUACACUCGUAUGGUCAGUCAGCCAGCCACCAUUAUAAUAUUCACCCGCGGGUUGCCCCACCCUCUUUCUCUCCAUCUCCCUCUCCCUCUCCCUCUCCUCUCUCUCAGUGGGUGCUCGCCACGCAGCCGCCGCCCAUAUGGAAUCGGCACACGGUCAGCACGGGCAGCCAUACGGCAUUUGGCUACUCUCACCGUAUGAUUGUGCUGCACGGCGACCAGCCCGACGACCACUUCGAGGCGCACAUCAUCGUCCACCGAUACGACAGCUACACUAGCGCCACCCUUUUCAGCACCGAGCGUCCAGUGGAGGGCAGGGAGGGGGCCGCCAGGUUCCCGCUGACGGUGCAAGUGGCGCGGGAGGUGAUGGGGGCCGAUGCUCAAGUGGUGUUUGGCAAUCAGCUAGCUGUGUUUUGAUGAACACGGGGUGGCAUGAGGAUGUCUGUGAUGACUGACAGGUGUGUGUGAGGGGAGCGAGC